UAUUGACGGAGAGAAAGGAGGAGUUAAAUUUAUUUAAAAAAAUGGAGGAAGAAAUAAAGAAGAACGAAGAAGCUGCUAUUUUAGUGGAUAAUUGUAAUAAUAAAAAAGGUUCUCAUUUUUUAAAAUAUAACAAUUUUGUUGAAGAAGGCGAUACAGUUAUUAUUUAUGUUAAUCCUGGUACUAAAUAUUCUAUUGUUGUCAAAAGAGGCAAAACUAUACACAUGAAAUAUGGUGCUUUAAGACAUGAAUUUUUAAUUGGAAAACGUUAUGGAACUCCAAUAUCUGCCACAGCCGGUUAUGUUUACAUUUUACGCCCUUCUCCACAUUUAUGGACUCAAACAUGUCCAAAACGUACCCAAAUUUUGUAUACUCCGGAUAUUGGAACAAUAAUUUUACUUUUGGAUAUUAAACCAGGCUCUAUUGUUUGUGAGACGGGGACAGGAAGUGGUUCUCUAACUCAUGCUUUAGCAACAACUGUUGGGCCUAAAGGAAAAGUUUAUUCUUAUGAUAUUGAAGCUGAACGUGUUGAGGCUGUUAAAGCAGAAAUUGAGGCUCACGGACUCUCCUCCAUUGUUUCCAUAAAUUGCCACAACAGUUGCUCCGACAAUGGCUUCCCUCCUGAAAUUUCAAAUAAAUGUGAUGCUUUAUUUCUUGAUUUACCUUCUCCAUGGUUGGCUGUACAAGCUUGUGUUGAAGCUUUAAAUCCAAAUAAAUUUGGCCGUCUAGUUUCUUUUUCUCCAUGUAUUGAACAAGUACAACAAAUGGUACAAACAAUGGAGAAGAGUGGAUUUAUUAGUAUCGAAACUAUUGAAAUUGUUCCAAGGAAAUUAAAAGUUUGUUUAAAGUUAAAAUUAAGAGGGUUCAGGUUUUAACUGGGAUCAACUCCCGACUAUUGGAGAGACCUUUUUGGGUUAUCAGGGUCGUGGACGAAUCUUUCCUCUCCAGAGACCUGCCUCUGACUUUAGACGGGGACCGCAGUCUUCGGGCUGUUGACUCCUAUAUAAGCAAAACCCCAAGUCCUCGG